AUGGAGACCCCGGUUUCAGAUGGUUUGGUUCCGAAAAGGUCAUUGAGGAGGAAAGUUAGUACUAAAAAUUAUGAUGAAAAGUUGAUGGACGAGUUCAUAGAGGAGCAUUUAGGCGGUCCAUUAAAGAAAAGGAAUCGUACGAGGGAUGACUUGGAGAAAGAAACUGAAACUGAGGCAAUGAUAGCUUUAUCACUAGGUUUCCCCAUUGAUGCGUUGCUUGACGAGGAGAUUAGGGCUGGUGUGGUGGGGGACUUAGGUGGGAAAGAACAAAAUGACUACAUUGUUGUAAGGAACCACAUCCUUGCUAGGUGGAGAGACAAUGUUCGAGUGUGGUUGUCCAAGGGGCAGGUCCGGGAAACUGUUAGUAGUGAGUUUGAGCGUUUGAUAUCCUCUGCUUAUGAUUUUCUUUUGUACAAUGGGUACAUUAAUUUUGGUGUUUCGUCGGCUUUCACUUCUCAGAUUCCAGAGGAGGCAUCUGAGGGGUCAGUUGUUAUAAUCGGGGUAGGACUUGCCGGUCUUGCUGCAGCAAGGCAAUUAUUGUCAUUUGGUUUUAAGGUUAUUGUUCUUGAAGGAAGAAACCGCCCUGGGGGAAGAGUCUAUACUCAGAAAAUGGGUAAAAAGGGUCAGUCUGCUGCAGUUGAGUUAGGUGGAAGUGUUAUUACCGGCAUUCAUGCUAACCCUUUGGGUGUUUUAGCUAGGCAACUGUCAAUUCCAUUGCAUAAGGUGAGAGAUAAAUGUCCUUUGUACAAGCCAGAUGGAACACUUGUUGAUCAAAAGAUAGAUUCCAAAGUUGAAGUUACUUUUAAUCGUUUGUUGGAUAAAGUAACUGAGCUGCGAAAAAUUAUGGGUGGAUUCGCAAAUGAUAUUUCUCUAGGUUCUGUGUUGGAUAUUCUUCAAGACCUUUAUUCAGUAGCCAAAAGUAAUGAUGAAAGUCAACUUCUUGAUUGGCAUUAUGCGAACUUAGAAUAUGCUAAUGCCGGAUGUUUGUCAGAGCUCUCAGCAACGUAUUGGGAUCAGGAUGAUCCCUAUGAAAUGGGGGGUGAUCACUGUUUCCUUGCCGGCGGGAACUGGAAGCUGAUCAAAUCCUUGUGUGAAGGAGUUCCGAUAUUGUAUGGGAAGACUGUUCAUACUAUUAGAUAUGGAAAUAACGGUGUUGAGGUUAUAGCUGGGGACCAAGUCUUUCAAGCAGAUAUUGCCCUGUGUACUGUGCCUCUGGGAGUGAUGAAGCAAAAGACAAUCACAUUUAAACCUGAGUUGCCACGAAACAAGCUCGAGGCUAUUAACCGGAUGGGUUUUGGGUUGCUUAACAAAGUUGCAAUGGUUUUUCCUCAUGUAUUUUGGGGAGAAGAUCUAGACACAUUUGGUUGUCUUAGCAAUCAUGCCCAUGACAGAGGGGAGUAUUUUCUAUUCUAUGGUUAUCAUACUGUUUCUGGUGGUGCAGUACUCGUAGCCUUGGUUGCAGGAGAAGCUGCCCAGGAUUUUGAAAGCACCGAUCCAUCAAUUCUGCUGCAUCGAGUUCUGAAUCAGCUCAGAGGUAUAUACAAUCCUAAAGGUGUUAAUGUGCCUGAUCCUAUUCAGACACUUUGCACAAGGUGGGGCAAUGAUCCUCUUUCAUAUGGUUCAUAUUCUCAUGUGAAAGUAGGCUCAAGUGGAGUGGACUAUGAUAUCUUAUCUGAAAGUGUUGAAAACCGAUUGUUCUUUGCUGGUGAAGCAACAACUAGGAAGUACCCAGCCACAAUGCACGGGGCGUUUUUUAGUGGUUUAAGAGAAGCUGGCCGCAUUUAUCGAGGCACAAGGAAUCUGCAGCUGGACGGAAGGAAAUGUGGGAAAAAAAGCCUUGGACCCAGCUGUGAGACCCUUGUCGAUCUGUUUAAGAGGCCUGACUUAGAAGUUGGAAGGUUUUUGUUUAUAGUUGAUCCGUUGACAGAUAAUGGGAUUCUGAAAGUUUGUUUUGAUGACUUAAGUAGUGAAUUAUGUGAUGAUUGCAGUUGUUUGGUGGAUGAGGGUACAAAAUGUACAAAACACAGUUGCCUUCCUUUGCAGCUAUAUGCAGUAGUAUCUCGUGAACAGGUGGAACAGCUACAGAAAGUAAAUGGAGGAGACCAAGAUCGGUUGUUAUAUUUGUUCAACAAUCUCGGACUGAAGCUCGUGGGACCUAAUGCUUUAGGUGUUCAAGGAAACACUGUGGUCAGUGGAAUAUCAAGUGCACGUAGAGGUAGAGGCAGAGGCAGAGGCAGGUAUCGUUUAGGAAAUGGACCUCCUCAAGGUAUUACAUAA